CUCCAUCAACAACGAUGUCUGGAAGCUACUACUUCGUUAUUGUUGGCCAUCAUGACAAUCCAAUCUUUGAAAUGGAAUUUUUGCUGCCUGGAAAAGCUGAGUCCAAAGAUGACCACCGCCAUCUGAACCAAUUCAUAGCGCAUGCUGCACUUGACCUCGUAGAUGAAAACAUGUGGCUGUCUAACAACAUGUACUUGAAGACUGUGGACAAGUUCAACGAGUGGUUUGUCUCAGCCUUCGUUACUGCAGGUCAUAUGAGAUUCAUCAUGCUGCAUGACGUAAGACAGGAAGAUGGGAUAAAGAACUUCUUUACUGAUGUCUAUGACUUAUACAUAAAGUUUGCAAUGAAUCCAUUUUAUGAACCCAAUUCUCCUAUUCGAUCCAGCGCAUUUGACCGAAAAAUUCAGUUUCUUGGGAAGAAACAUCUUCUGAGCUGAAUGCUGAAACAUGCAGAAACAGUGUUACUACAAUAGAAUAUACCUAGAAAAUGUGUAUAUGCUAAGUAACUUAAUUAAAAAGCCUAAGAAAAUA